CACCGAUAAACGUGGAAAAGUAAUAUUACAGUCAUCGGGCAAUCGAAAUAGCUAUCAAAUAAAAACAUAAACAAAAGAAAUAUCGAAACUAAGAUUAUGGCUAACGGUGAUCUUGAACUGGACAAGGAGAAUACACAAUCACUGCAGCAAUCCAUUCAUCAGACGCUGGGUAGCCAAAAUGCUAGUGAGCCACCAAAAUCGCACAUUUCGAUUGGGACAAAAUUUGUUAUACCACAACUUUUACCUCCGAGAAACACAAACCAGCCAGCCAGUGCCGAACAGUUGGAACACAAUCGCGCUGCGGCAGCCCACAACGAGCAACUCCUUAAUGCAAUUAGAGUUAAGCAGAGUGAAGCUAGAGAUCAACCAGGAUCCACUGAAAACAUCACCAUGCGUCAAUUGAUCAUACCCAAUCUAUUAACAGCCUCGGGCGAGACUCUCGAAGAUACUCACCUUCAGAUACCGUUAAACAAGCUGCUAAAACAGAGCAAUUCAUUGGACCUGACUCCAGUGAUAAAGGGAGUGAUCAGUCUGAAUAUCACCGCUGACGAAGCUGGUGAAAUUACCAAGCUGAAGACCACAAAGGAAAAUCCAGAACGUUCACAAGCAGUGAAAACAAUUGAUCUAACCUCAACUCUAAUUGCCAGACACAAAGAUGCCGCACCCCGCGAGGCGGCAACCAAGUUGCGCCAUAAGCAGGCAUCUUCCGUUGUGGAGCACUUUGAUAUUCCAUUUAUCAGCUGCGAUCGUCCCCCUAUUGGCUUGUUGUAUGAGAAAAACCUGAUACGUAUGUCAGGCGAUGCGGACCCAUUCCCUUCGAGAAAUAUGGAGAAAUCCAGUGCUGUUGGGAGUAUGAUGGAUGCAACAGUAGGCUAUCCCAGACCACGAAAGCCACAGCUUAAGUAUGCGGCAUCCCCAUCUGAAUUGCAAAAUCUAAAGUUGUGCAAACGGGAGGAUUAUGGCGCGAAUAUUAAACGGUUUCGCUUUGAUACUCCAUCGCCCGAUGAAAUUGUGAAAGCGGCUCUGCAGAAAUCCCUGCGCAUAUCGCGUACAUAGUCCUAGAAAUAUCUAUACCUACUUAAUGCCUAUAUGUACAAGUUGACAUUAAAAGUUAUUAAUAUA